AUGUCUACUAAACCCUCCUUCGACUCUCUUCCUCUCCACAAAGACGGUCCUCCCGGCAACGCCUGGGGUCUUUUCGGUGAAAAUGACGAAUGCGGCAUGCUAAACCUCUUGACUCCCGACGUCGUAGCAGAAGCUGCUUCUGAGAUCCGCGAUGGCGUUCGAGUCUCUACAGACUGGCCUCUGAACAGAAUGUCGCGACCUUGCUUUGGUCGUGUACCUUUCAAGCAUGAGAUUACUACAAAGACUCCUCGUGCGGUGAACGAUGAUACUUUGACGUUUAAUACGCAGAGUAGUUCGCAGUGGGAUGGAUUUAGGCAUUAUGCGUAUCAGAAAGAGAAACUUUGGUUUAAUGGGAAGACGCUUGACGAGUUGUUGUCGUCGGAUGUCAACGGUAUUCAUGCUUGGGUUGACCGCGGUGGUAUUGUUGGACGAGGAGUCCUCCUUGACUACGCCUCAUGGGCAGACAAAAACAACGUCCCAUUGACCCCCUUUGAAACAAAGUCAAUCACAGUGACAACCUUGAAAGAAGUCGCCCAAAGCCAAGGCACAACCAUCCAACAAGGCGACAUACUCUUCAUCCGAACAGGAUGGGUCCGAGCCUACGAAAAGCUUUCCGACGACGAAUGCAAGACAUUGGCAGAUUACAAGGUCCCACCUGCCCAUGGUAUUGAGUCCUCAGAAGAAACUCUUCGGUGGCUCUGGGACCAAGGCUUUGCGGCUGUUGUUGGUGACCAGCCUAGCAUGGAAGCAUGGCCUUGUCAAAACACUGAUUUCUAUCUACAUGAAUGGCUCCUGGCAGGUUGGGGAAUGCCGAUUGGAGAGUUAUUCGAUUUGGAGGCUUUGAGCCAAGAGUGUGAGAAGAGAAAGAGGUGGUCUUUCUUUUUCUCCAGUAUGCCACUCAAGGUUCCGGGAGGCGUGGCAAGUCCGCCAAAUGGCGUCGCGAUCUUUUAA